AUGAAGCUUCAUGAUCUUAUUAUUAAAUAUGUAACAACAUCGAUAGACUGUUCAAAAGUGGUGGAUUUCAUUGAUCUAGAGCAUCUUCCAAAUUUUAAAUUGGGGGAGAAAAGUAAAAAAUUUGAAAUUACAAAAUUCGGUGUCUUUGAAGUUACUAAUAGUUAUGAAGUUGCCAAUAUUUACAAUCCGCAAGUGAGAUUUUCGUCUGAGAACAUUCGUGAUUUAACAUUUAUAAAAAGAAUAUAUUAG